AUGGAUCAGACUCCAGAAUCGGUUCGUCGCACUUCUAUGGUACCUUCUUUGCCAGGGGAUGCCCACGCCCUGGAAUCAACAUUCCCAUACUUGUCACCCGCUCCCAUAACACCAUCUCACGUACCCAGAUUCCCCACAUCGAUUGGCUUGGGCAUCACAGGAUGCGGCUUGGACCCUCAGUUCGAGACCAUGGACUAUUCUGGUCAAGUCCCAUUCUGCUACGGCGGCUACGGCUUACCAAAAGCCAUAUCCCCAACACGCUAUGAGGCGCAUGCCAUGAGCGCUUCCCCAGGCUACUAUUCUCCCGUUGAAAUGGGUUCCCCCCCCACAACAUUACCUGGUAGCAUGCCAGGCUACUGGGCAUCCGCGUGCUCGGGGCCGACAACACCACCUGAUUUCGUGCCAUUUGCUGCUAGUUGCGCGGGAGGUCUUUGGAAUACGCAAUGGCUCUCGGGGUGCGCUACUAUCAACGCCCCGACAUUGACGCUUGACGCUUUACCGGUCGCUCCUACAUACUACCACCCUGCAGCAAAUGUGCCGGACUAUGCAAACAGCCUUUAUUCCGCGAGUCUUAACGACUAUCGAUCUACUUCCACUUUGGACAGGUCUACCCAAGCUCCUAACGCGGCUAUGCUUUCCAACUUCAAGAGAAGAAUGCGCCCCGGAUACCCUUGCCGUAUCUGCGGGAACACUUUCACUCGGCGAUCGAAUUGCGUGGAGCACGAAAAGAGACACGAUCCCAAUUUUAAGCGAUCCCACCCGUGUGAUGAAUGUAAUAAAUCAUUCGGACGGAAUGCCGAUCUCAAGAGGCAUAUCAACAACGUCCACCGCGGUAUUCGCAAACACGCUUGUAAUGGGUGUCACCUUCGCUUUACACGACUGGACACGUUGAUAAGACAUUCGAGUGAGUGCGAGAAAUGCACCAUCAGCUCCACCAAAGGAGAGAUGCGCGCCCCUCAACAAGCCGAGAAUGGCUGGUUAGUCCCUCCUCGAUCACAGCCUCCACUGCGCCAAUUCUCUGGUUACAGGUAA